GUUUCUUUAAUUAUUAAUCGAUUGGGCACCCAAGAAAUGAAAUCAAGACCAAGACAGAUCGAUCCAACAAAACCAGUACUGAUCUCUCACAGUCUAGAAGCAUUCACUAAUGCAGAAGGGCAAGAAGCAGAUAUAAAAAACACGGAAUAAAUCAUCACACCUGAUCAACUCUUAAAAGAAAAGUAAAUUGCACAUAUUCACUCAAUUACUUAUAAGGAGCAAGUAGAACAUUUCAUACCACUUGAUUGUGGUUUUUAACAACUUGCUCCUCAAUACCCGCCAUAUUUAUUUUUAUAUUAUACUCAUUAUUAUUUAGACCUAAAUAAUUUGAUGAGCCCACAUUAAAAUCACAGCUCCCUGCCAAAUGUCGUGAAGAUUACAUCGCUUACAAGGCUCCUGUCUACCCUGAUGGCACAGCUUACGAACUAACCGAAGAGGACAUUCAUUUCCUUUCCACAAUCAAUGAAAAAUUAGUCAACCCUGUUCACAUUGAAGACUUUGAACUAUAUUUAUCACUUCUUGACGCAAAGAGUGGCAAAGACGUAGAAAUUGACUUCACAGAAUUUCUCAAGUUAAAGCUACCCUUACCCAAGACCAUUAAUAUGCAAACAUAAUCUACUUAGGAAUAAUUAUACGCCUACUUUAAAAAAUAGAGAUAGCACUUCUCUCGCCCUCUCACCAGACAUCUUAUGCAUCCCUAUUAUGAAGACAAUAAUCCUCAUCUAGCCUUUCGUCCUCGUACACAACCAAUGGAUAGAACUAUGAAGUUGAGACGG